AUGCCGGUAAUUAAUGAAGCAAGCCAUGUUCAUGUGGAAAACAGGUUGUUGUGGGAAAAGUUAGCAUAUGACCGUGCUAGGGAAAAUGAGGAGAGUCAACGGCUUAAGGAGAGACUUACAGAAGAACAAAAAGCAAUAUAUGAUGUCGUUAUCAACGAUAUUGAUUCCAACAAUGGUGGACUGUUUUUUGUUUAUGGGUAUGGUGGUGAUGGUAUUGGGGUAGAUAUUAAUGGUUACGCUGAUUUUGAUAUCCCCACUCAAUUGUUAUUAAAGUCAAAUGGUGAUCAUAUUUCCUCUAUUGUGAAAAGUACCUUCCCAAACUUUAUUGGUGCAAGCAGUGAUGGAAGUUGUUUUAAGAACAAUGUAAUACUAGCACCAACGUUAGAGGUGGUCAAUGAGGUCAACCAGUAUAUGUCUAACUUAACUGAGGGGGAAGGAAAGACAUAUUUGAGUCCCGACACAACGUGUAAAGGCGAUGGUUCUAAUUCUGUUCUUGCCGAUGUGCAUACACCAGAAUUCCUAAAUACCAUAAGAGCAUCCAGCCUUCCAAAUCAUUCUCUGACUUUGAAAGUGGGGUCACCUGUAAUGUUAAUGAAGAACAUUGAUCAUAAUCUUGGUUUAUGCAAUGGAACUAGGUUGGUGGUAACAAGAUUAGGUAAUCAUGUUGUUGAAGGAAGCAUAUUAGCAAAUCCUAAUGCUGAGACUAAGGUAUUAAUUGCUAGAAUGGCUAUCACCUCAUCGGACCCGAGAUUACUUUUCAAGUUCAACAGAAGACAAUUUCCACUUACGUUGUCAUAUGCAAUGACUAUUAACAAGAGUCAAGGGCAGACACUUUCCAAUGUUGGCUUGAUACUGAAAAAACCAGUUUUUGUACAUGGCCAAUUAUAUGUUGCCGCAUCAAGAGUUAGUCAACCAGACGAACUGAAGAUUUUAGUAUGUGAUGAAUCAAAACAAGAUUGUAAUUCUACUACUAAUAUAGUUUACAAAGAGGUCUUUAAUAAUUUAUAA